CCUUGGAUAUUAUUUUCAAAUCAGAAGAAAUGGCAUUCCGGGCAAUUUUUGUGUUGGUUGGAGUUUUUAUUUAUUCUAUUUGUGUCCAAGGAUCUUCCCAGCCCCAAGCAAGAGUUUAUUUAACGUUUGAUGAACUUCGAGAAACCAAGACCUCUGAGUACUUCAGCCUGUCCCACCACCAGUUGGACUACAGGAUAUUGCUUAUGGAUGAAGAUCAAGACCGGAUAUAUGUGGGGAGCAAAGACCACAUCCUAUCCUUGAAUAUCAAUAAUAUCAGUCAAGAACCAUUGAGUGUUUUCUGGCCAGCAUCAACAAGCAAAGUUGAAGAGUGCAAAAUGGCUGGCAAAGAUCCUACACAUGGAUGUGGGAAUUUCGUCCGGGUUAUUCAGACAUUCAACCGUACUCACCUGUAUGUCUGUGGGAGUGGAGCUUUCAGCCCAGUGUGCACUUACCUGAACCGGGGACGGAGGUCAGAGGACCAAGUCUUCAUGAUUGACUCGAAGUGUGAAUCUGGAAAAGGACGAUGCUCUUUCAAUCCGAAUGUGAACACUGUGUCUGUCAUGAUCAAUGAGGAACUCUUCUCAGGAAUGUACAUAGAUUUCAUGGGAACAGAUGCUGCUAUUUUUCGAAGUUUAACUAAAAGGAACGCAGUCCGAACUGAUCAACACAAUUCGAAAUGGCUGAGUGAACCUAUGUUUGUGGAUGCACAUGUGAUCCCAGAUGGCACUGACCCAAAUGAUGCUAAAGUGUAUUUUUUCUUCAAAGAAAAACUGACUGACAACAAUAGGAGCACAAAACAGAUUCAUUCCAUGAUUGCAAGAAUAUGUCCUAAUGACACUGGUGGACAACGUAGUCUUGUCAACAAGUGGACCACAUUCUUAAAGGCGAGACUUGUGUGCUCAGUCACAGAUGAAGAUGGCCCUGAGACACAUUUUGAUGAAUUAGAGGAUGUGUUUCUGCUGGAGACUGACAACCCAAGGACAACGCUCGUAUAUGGCAUCUUUACCACAUCAAGCUCUGUUUUUAAAGGAUCGGCAGUGUGCGUAUAUCAUCUGUCUGAUAUACAGACUGUAUUCAAUGGGCCUUUUGCUCACAAAGAAGGGCCCAAUCACCAGCUGAUAUCCUACCAAGGCAGAAUUCCGUAUCCUCGCCCUGGAACUUGCCCAGGAGGGGCAUUUACACCCAAUAUGAGAACCACCAAGGACUUUCCAGAUGAUGUUGUCACUUUUAUUCGGAACCAUCCUCUCAUGUAUAAUUCCAUUUACCCCAUCCAUAGACGGCCUCUGAUUGUCCGCAUAGGCACUGACUACAAGUACACAAAGAUAGCUGUGGACCGUGUGAAUGCUGCCGAUGGACGAUACCAUGUUCUGUUUCUGGGGACAGAUCGGGGCACCGUGCAGAAGGUCGUUGUCCUUCCCACCAACAGCUCUGCCAGCGGGGAGCUCAUUCUGGAGGAGCUGGAAGUCUUUAAGAAUCAUGUUCCCAUAACAACAAUGAAAAUCUCAUCCAAAAAGCAACAGUUGUACGUGAGCUCCAAUGAAGGCCUCUCCCAAGUGUCCCUGCACCGCUGCCACAUUUACGGCACAGCCUGUGCAGACUGCUGCCUGGCAAGGGACCCAUACUGUGCCUGGGACGGCCACUCCUGCUCCAGGUUCUACCCGACUGGGAAGCGAAGGAGCCGAAGACAGGAUGUAAGGCACGGGAAUCCACUGACUCAGUGCCGCGGUUUCAAUCUCAAAGCAUACAGAAAUGCAGCUGAAAUCGUUCAGUAUGGAGUGAGAAAUAACAGCACUUUCCUUGAGUGUGUUCCCAAGUCCCCACAGGCAUCUAUCAAGUGGCUGCUACAGAAAGACAAAGACAGGAGGAAAGAGGUUAAGCUGAAUGAGCGCAUUUUAGCCACUUCCCAAGGACUGCUGAUUCGCUCUGUUCAAGAUUCUGACCAAGGCCUGUACCACUGCAUUGCCACUGAGAACAGCUUCAAGCAGACCAUAGCCAAGAUUAACUUCAAAGUUCUGGAUUCAGAAAUGGUGGCCGUUGUGACAGACAAGUGGUCCCCAUGGACAUGGGCUGGCUCUGUGAGGGCUCUCCCCUUCCAUCCAAAGGACAUCCUGGGGGCAUUCAGCCACUCUGAAAUGCAGCUCAUCAACCAGUACUGCAAGGACACCCGGCAGCAGCAGCAGCUAGGAGAAGAACCCCAGAAAAUGAGAGGGGACUAUGGCAAGCUGAAGGCUCUCAUCAACAGCAGGAAAAGCAGGAACAGGAGGAAUCAACUGCCAGAGUCAUAAACUGUUCGUCCAUAGGGCUUUGCUUCCAGGAACAAAUGCUCUGUCUUCACCGGUCAACUACUGCGCAAAGACUUGUGCUUUACCCAUGAGAAAUCCCUGACAAAGGCCGGAGACUCACUCUAAAGUGUGUUCUCUGUGAACUGAAAUGAGCAUGCAUCUUCUUGUAUGAUACAGACUAGCACUAGACAUGUCAUGGUCCUCAUGGUGCAUAGAAAUAUUUAACUUAUCCCAGAUUUUAUUUAUAACUUUAUGUGUCUUCUCUUCAACAGCAGUGCAGCCACAGAAGCAGAACUGUUACACCCUCGGUUGAGCGAGGGCCAUAAAUUACCCUGUGCUGUUCCUGCUCUCGGGGUUUAGCUUUCUAAUUGUCAGUGGUUUUUUUCAUACAUGAAAACGAAUUCCAAUUUACAAUUUUCACAUAGUAAAUGUCAUAUAAAUGCAUGUGACAGAAUAGCCAUCCAAAGUCUUGUAGGUUAGGCAAAUGACAGGAAAGAGAGCAUCCAGAUGUUAUGUAAGAGCAAGAAUGCCUCAUAAAGAGAGUGUGAUGAGUUCAUAUGCUUCCAGUGAGUUAUAUUCUUGCUUUUUUUCUUUGUUUAAAAUUGUAAGAUGUGUCAGUGGCUGAUAUCUGCCAUCAUUCUUCCUUUUCUUGUUUCAGAAAGAAAAAUGAGUACCCUGUCCCAUCCAGGCCUUUGGUGGGACAUGUAUCAGCAAGGCACUGGCAUUUCUCCUGUUACAUUAUCAUCUUCCAAGCAAAAGCACUUUGUUUUGGGGAAGUUAUUUAAGUUAUUAUAGACUUACAUGUACUCUUGCAUUAUUUAAUUGAUUUACUGUUUUGAUUUUAAUUCCAUAAUCUACCUGGCAAAUUAAACAAAACAAGGAUGACGUGUUCCUAGGACAUCCAACUUUGCCAUGGAGAGUAAAGCUAUCAAAAAAGGAAUGUAAGAUCAAGGUAUAAAAUGUGCCAUGUGAAGGAAAGUGUAACACGUAGCUGGUUUUCAACUUUAGUAAUCAACUUCUAUGAUUAAAUCCUACAUUUGAGGAACCAGUUUUACAUAUCACACUGAUUUUUCAAGCAAGAUAUCAUGGUUCUGUAAUCAUAUGUGUGUUAUGGAGAGGUUGUUAUUAUGUCAAGAAAGACAGUUUCAACCCAGUAUGAACAAAACAGACUUGUUAUAAAUAAUACCUAUUUUUGCCUACACGUUUUUCCAUUUGAUAAUACUUCCUUAAGAAUGUUGAGACAUAUGUUAAGGGAUCUGUGUAACCAUGAAAAUUUUAAUAUUAAUUAUUAUCUUCUAAUUAUACGUUUGGAUUUUUAUGAGAAAAGUAUAAAACUAAAUUAAUUUCUUCAAUUUAAAAAUUAAGUG